AUGGCAGAACUUAGAUCUCUUCGUAAGCGGGAACACCAGAUAGUGAAGGCUUUCGACAGCGUGCAACAUUUUCUCCAGAAAUACGACCAGGAGACUGAUAGCGGGCAAGUGAACCUUCGGCUGCAUGGACUUGAGGAAGAUUUUAAGGAUUUUCUUGUGGUUCGGAGUAAGCUUGAGUUGCUGCUGGAAGAUGUUGAGGUCCAGAAACAUGCUAAAUCUGACCCAGACUUGAAGCAGGAGGCGUUGGAACAUAUGGACGAUGAAAACGAUCGUAUUAUGCAGGAAUUUCGUGAUCGAUUCUACGCACUGAAGGCGGCGCUUGUGACUUUGCUACCACAUUUCCUACCCCCACCAACGCCACCAUCACAAAGAGGUCCCCAUUCAUCAAUUGCAGGAGAUGAUGUUUUCGGUGUGCACCCAACGCCGACAUUUUCAAAAGUGAAGCUACCUGAAAUCCGUCUACCGUCGUUCAGUGGUAAGAUCUUCGAGUGGGUAACUUUUCGCGACACCUUUCAAAGCCUCAUUCACAACAAUCCUCAGUUGACCGACAUGGACCGUUUCACCUACUUGAGAUCAUCGUUAUCAGGAGACGCAUUGCAGGAGAUUAGUUCUGUGGGCUUGUUAGCCGUAAACUACAACGUUGCAUGGGAAAUGUUAGCGAAUCGUUAUGAAAACAAGAAGUUGAUUGUGAAGGCUCAUCUAGACGCACUUUUCGCUACAGAAGGGCUCAAGAGAGAGAGAGAGCUAUGA